AUGCCCCGAAGCACAUUAGAAAGAAAUAUGAAUAAGGCAAGAAACUGCAUGAGCCAACAGAUGGUUCCUUUACAUUUAGGCUUUAAUCACAUGACAGUGGAAGAAGUUGCAGCUAGGAAUAAAACAAUUCCAGAAGGACUGUUCGGGAAUCCUAAUCCUUCUUCAGAAAUGAGACCCGCUAUUGUAAUAUGUGAUGCUACAUAUGUGUACGUACAAAGCAGUAGCAACUAUUUAUUCCAAAAAGAGUCCUACAGCUUACAUAAACAUCUUAAUUUGGUGAAGCCGUUCAUGAUAGUUUGUUGUGAUGGCCAUAUUCUUGAUUAUUUAGGUCCAUAUAAAGCGACAGUGAAUGAUGCUACCAUUAUGAGUAAUGAAUUUAGAAAUAGUAAUGGUGAAAUGAGAAGAUGUUUCCGAGAGGGGGAUGUUUUUAUUUUAGAUAGAGGUUUCAGGGAUGUAAUACCUGAACUGAUAGAAUAUGGCUAUCAUGCUCAUAUGCCUGAGUCUUUAUCAGAAGGCGAGCAUCAACUUGCGACACAACAAGCAAAAAAGUUGAGAUGUGUAACGAUGUGUAGGUGGGUGGUAGAAGUGGUCAAUGGUCGUCACAAACGCGACUUCAAACUGUUUCGCCAAGAAUUUUUUAAUAAAGCUGCUAAGCAUUUAAUGAUCGAUUUUCGGAACGGUUGUGCCUUAACAAAUAAAUUGCACCCAGUUAUUGAAGUCAUACCAGAAGCAGCAGAAUACUUGGCAAUUGCGGUACGUAGGUUAAAUAUAGAUAAUGUUCUUGCUAAUACUGUGUUCGCGCCACUCAGGCGCGACGAUAUGUUCCCUGAUUUGCUUUCUCACUCUUACUCAUUGAUUCGGCGCGAGCGUCGCAUUCGCGCCACCCGGAAAGAGUCACGCGUCGUCCUCAGUUCGAGAAAGGUCGUUAAAUUGAAAAUAUGUGUUAAAGUAAAACCCUUCAGCUCAUCUGCUCGUGUGUUAAUUAUUAUAAGUAUAUUGCCGGCCGGCUUCUAU